AUGACAGUAGAGGAAGAUCCAGACACAUCCACCAUGACAGAAGAAAAUUAUCCAGACACAUCCACCAUGGCAGAAGAGGAGGAUCCACACACAUCCACCAUGACAGAAGAAAAUGAUCCAGACACAUCCACCAUGGCAGUAGAGGAGGAUCCACACACAUCCACCAUGGCAGAAGAAAAUGAUCCAGACACAUCCACCAUGGCAGAAGAGGAGGAUCCACACACAUCCACCAUGGCAGAAGAAAAUGAUCCAGACACAUCCACCAUGGCAGAAAAGGGGGAUCCAGACACAUCCACCAUGGCAGAAGAGGGGGAUCCAGAUACAUCCACCAUGGCAGAAGAGGGGGAUCCAGAUACAUCCACCAUGGCAGAAGAGGGGGAUCCAGAUACAUCCACCAUGGCAGAAGAGGGGGAUCCACACACAUCCACCAUGACAGAAGAAAAUGAUCCAGACACAUCCACCAUGGCAGUAGAGGAGGAUCCACACACAUCCACCAUGGCAGAAGAAAAUGAUCCAGACACAUCCACCAUGGCAGAAGAGGAGGAUCCACACACAUCCACCAUGGCAGAAGAAAAUGAUCCAGACACAUCCACCAUGGCAGAAAAGGGGGAUCCAGACACAUCCACCAUGGCAGAAGAGGGGGAUCCAGAUACAUCCACCAUGGCAGAAGAGGGGGAUCCAGAUACAUCCACCAUGGCAGAAGAGGGGGAUCCAGAUACAUCCACCAUGGCAGAAGAGGGGGAUCCAGAUACAUCCACCAUGGCAGAAGAGGGGGAUCCAGACACAUCCACCAUGGCAGAAGAGGGGGAUCCAGACACAUCCACCAUGGCAGAAGAGGGGGAUCCUUGA